CAAAGCCGGCAGAACAACGCGUUUUUGUCUCGGGCUCACACAUCAAACAAUGAACCGUAAAAUAUAUAUCCAAAAGUGCGCUAAAAUAAUCGCAGUUGUUCUCUUACUAUCAGUUCUCCUUUUCAUUGAGAAAUAUUUACUAAGUGCCGAUGCAGAUAAUGUAUGCGUACAACCAAAUCCGGACUACAAAUAUGUUUUGCUGUGGACUUCGCCAAAAACAGAACCGUUCGUGUUCAUCGGUCCCGGACGCAGUGGAUUCAUCGGACGGAACUGUUCAUACACUAAUUGUUAUGUGACUGCAGACAGAGAUUAUUUCUGUGAUUAUACAAAAUUUCACGCAAUAGUUUUUGCUAUGUCUGAAGUGAGACAUUAUUCGUCACUGCAGUUGCCGUGGUACAGAUCACCCGAACAGAAAUACGUGUUUUCUAGCGUCGAAUCUUCUCAUUAUUACCCGGUUUGUUCUGACAGAUUCAAUGAUUACUUCAACUGGACAUGGAGUUACAGACUGGACUCGAAUUGUAGAUGGGAGUACAUCGCUAUUCGGAAUGAAAAUGGCAAUGUCAUUGGACCUAAUAAGAUAAUGCAUUGGAUGAAAUUAAAUGAUAUGAGACCAGUGAGUGAAGACUUCAAGGAUAGUUUAAAAUCAAAAACUAAAGCGGCUGCCUGGUUUGCUUCCAACUGUCCCGCUUAUAGUCAUCGAGAGAAAUUCGUUGAAAAGCUUCAAAUGAAACUGAAUAAAUACAGACUGAAAAUUGAUAUUUAUGGAAAAUGUGGUAAUCUAACCUGCCCACGCCAAAAUAGACAAUUGUGUUUGGAUAUGAUCAAGAAAGACUAUUACUUUUAUUUGUCUUUCGAGAAUUCGUUCAGUGAAGACUAUGUUACUGAAAAGUUGUUGCAUGCAUUGCAAAAUGAUGCUGUUCCAAUCGUCUAUGGAAAGGCUAAUUACACACGAUUCAUGCCUGACGGAAUAUAUCUGAAUGCACUGACGCUUGGUCCGGAAAAGCUCGCAAAAGAAAUGAAUUAUUUGAUAAAUAAUCCCAAAAAAUACGCGGAUUAUUUCAAAUGGAAAAAUCAUUAUUCUUACCACAGUAGAGGUGAGAGCGAAGAAACUGAUGAUUACUGCGCAUUCUGCAAGUUGCUGAAUGACGAAGAGAAAUUCAGAAGGAAAUCUGUAAUCGAAGAUUUUAGGAAAUGGUGGGACUCGCCAAAAUUUUGUUAAAAGUACCGAGAUGUACUAACUAACCUGUGCAUGUGUCAAUGUUUAAUUAUAAUAAGAAAUGAUACCUACUAUAGUUAUUAAUAUUUUAUCAUUA